AUGAUAACCAGACAUCAAGAACGUAAAUUAAGAAUUUACAUUGCUAUAGAUGUGAUAACAAAAUCUUUUCAGAAGUUGUUAGAGUUAAAAAUAGCGCCAAAUGAUCUCAUGAAAAAAACCAAUGAAAUCAAAGAUUUCCUCAAUAAGGACCAAUUGCUUAUAUUCAAAUCUGAACAAUAUCAUAGAUUUGAUAUUUCCUUAAUAUACGAAAUAUUUCAAAACCUCGGCGAAUACAUCAGUUUGGACGGGCCAACAACUCGAUGGGAAAAUACGUCAAUGCUUAAGAAGAAACACACAACUACUUCCGAUGAUUUGAAGCGAAUAAUACUUUAUCGAAAUAAAUAUUAUCAUGAAGCUGCUGAAGAGGAAAUCACUGAAGCCAAGUUAGAAGAAGUAAAAAAUGAUUUAAUUGAAAUAAGUAAACGUAUACAAGAUCGCACGUCUCCUUUUUUCAUUGGGGUAAAUUAUAUAGAACAGAUUGAGGACGUGUUCACUACUGAUAGCAAUCGUCUGGAAAAUAUUGAAACGAGACUUACACAGUUAGAACAAGGAAGAAAACGAAAACAUGAGGAAGACUGGAGAACACAGCCCAUCAAGAAAGUAAUGG